AUGCCGGAGCGGAUCGUUACCGACCGCGGUACUGCCUUUACAUCUCGUGGUUUCCAGAAGUAUUGCGCCGAUAACAACGUUAAGCAUAUUCUAGCAGCGGUGCGUACACCACGAGCCAACGGUCAUGCUGAACGUACCAAUCGCACUAUAUUAUCAAUGCUUUUACCCUCCACUACAAACGACAAGCGCUGGGAUGAGAACAUCCGCAACGUUCAGUGGUGCAUCAAUACCAUGAAGAACUCCACUACGCUUUGUACCCCCUAUGAGCUUCUCUAUGGGUUUCAUCCUCGUGACAUCCUGAAGAACAGAAUUGUAUCAAGCCUACACGACAGUAACUACUUAAGCGACGAGGAACUUCGAAACUUACGAACUACCGCAGCGUCCCGAGUAAAUGACCAAAGAGCAGCCGCUAAGCUACGUUACGACGGAAAAUAUGCUAAACCAAAGUCUUUUGAAGAAGGAGACUUGGUCCUUGCCGAGAAUGAACCUCCUAGCACUGGGUGCUCACGAAAACUCGAGCCACGCUACAAAGGCCCGUUAAUCGUCACGAAGGUUCUCGAUAAAGACCGAUAUGUUAUCGAAGACCUACCGCAAUCGAAGCGUUCGCAAAAGCAUUAUACAUCUAUCUACUCUACCGACAAAUUAAAACAAUGGUGCGCGUUGCCACCCGACGACGAAACCGACGGCGACCAAGAGUCCAACUCCGAAACUGGUGGCGGGAACGAGGGCGUUCCCAUUGAGCAGGAUAGCCGACUGUAAGCAACUCUA